AUGGCAGUCAAGACCCUCGUCCCCGAGCUCGGCGGGCUGCUGGGGAAGCGCGACGAUGUGUUCCCCCCGUUGCCGGCCUUUGUGCUUGCCACCACCGUCUCCUUGGUGUUUCUGUACGCCAUCUUGGCCUACAACUCGAGCUCGGCCUACCCAGGCUUCCCGUUUGUGGGCAAAGAUGAGAAAACAAAGAGCACGUGGCAGCUGAAGAUGCUCUGGGUCAAGCAGGCAAAGAAGCUCAUCUACGAGACCCUCGGCAAGGCCGACAAACCAUUCCAACUCAUGGCCAGCACCGGCCCGCUGAUCAUUCUGCCCGCCCACUUCAUGGACGAGGUGCGCAACGACGACCGCAUGACCUUCUCGGCCGCGUUGAAGAAGGACUUUUUCACCACCUACCCCGGCUUCGAGGGCUUCCGCCCGGCGGUCGACAACCACGUCUUCACCAAAUCCGUGCGCAUCGGCCUGACCCAGGCGAUUGGCCAGGUCACCGAGAUUUUGUCCCAGGAGAUGGCAGGCAUGCUUCGCGGAAUGUGGCCUGAGAAAGACGAAUGGACCAGCACGGCGUUCAACCAAGAUGCCUUGUCCAUCAUCACCCGGCUGUCCUCGCGCAUCUUCUUGCCCGAGCCGCUGUGCCACAACCCGGAAUGGCUGGACAUCGCGGUGAACUACACAGUGGAUUUCUUCACCGCCGCCUUCGUCUUGAGAAUGUACCCGACGUUCCUGCGACCGUUUGUGCACUGGUUCUUGCCGCAAACCCGGAAGAUCCGCAAGGAGGUCGCUGCCGCCACGCGCAUCGUGGAGCCGGAGCUCGAGCGCCGCCGCAAGGAGAAAGCCGCGGCGAUUGCGGCGGGCAAGCAGCCGCCCAAGUAUGUGGACGCGCUGGCGUGGAUGGAGGCCGCCGCCGAGGACGGCUACACCACGUACAACUACGUCUGGGGCCAGCUCAACUACUCCCUGGGCGCCAUCCACACCACCUCCAUGACCUUUGUCUACGUCGUCUACGACCUGAUCGAGCAUUCCGAGUACAUUCCCCUGUUGCGCGAGGAGAUCGCCGCGGUGUGGAAGCCAGGCGACGUCUUGACCAAGAACGUGCUGUACAAUCUCAAAUUGAUGGACAGCUUCAUGAAGGAGAGCCAGAGACUCAGUCCCGUCACCCUCAUGCCGAUGAACCGCGUGGCCCAGGAGACCGUCACUCUCUCCGACGGAACCGUGAUCCCCAAGGGCGCCGGGCUGGGCAUUCCCAUCACCGCCAUGACGGACGAGAAGUUCCACAAGGAUCCCCUGACGUUUGACGGCCACCGCUUCUACAACCUCCGCCAGGAACCCGGCAACGAGACCAAGUACCAAUUCGUCACCACCAGCAACGAGCACAUCGCCUUUGGCCACGGCAAGCAUGCCUGUCCCGGCCGGUUCUUUGCCUCCAACGAGAUCAAGAUCGCCCUGGUGCAGAUGCUGUCCACCUACGACUUCAGAUUCCCCCCGGGCAAGGGCAGGCCAGUACCGUUGGAGAACGGAGUGAGCAUGGUGCCCGAUCCGAAAGGCCUGAUUCAAUACCGACGCCGCCAGAAGUGA